AUGAAACAUUCAAACGUGAGUCCAAAAUUUUUCAAGGCACGGCCAUUACCUCAUGCUAUCAGAGAUCUUGUUGAACAGGAAAUUAAUAGACUUGUUGAAGUAGGUAUCCUGACACCGGUGAGCUUCAGCGAAUGGGCGACUCCUGUGGUGCCAAUAAUUAAGAAAAAUGGAGAGAUUAGGCUAUGUGCGGACUUCAAGGUUACAAUAAACCCUCACAUUCAAGUGGACCAAUACCCAAUUCCUCGCAUAGAGGAUCUGUUUGGUAGGCUGCAAGGAGGAGAACAAUUCACAAAGUUGGACUUAUCACAAGCAUACCAGCAGAUAGCUGUGGAUGAGUCCUCUAAGAAGCUCUCUCCACACACAAGGGACUCUUCAGGUAUAAUCGCUUACCUUUUGGUGUAUCUUCUGCCCCCUCAAAAUUCCAAAAAACUAUGA